UACCAAUUAUUACCACGCCCAUUUCGUAGUUGUGGACCCGACUAGCUCCUCGACUAGCACGUUCUGUUCAGCUACUGAUUGGAAGGAUAGAAAGCUAGUGGGUUUGUGCCCUGCAUUAGAGUGUCCCUUCGAAGUAACGCGAUACUUAGCUACCUGCAUUUUGCUCAGCGACCCGGGAGCGGAGCCGUCUGCAGGCGGCAAUGGGCAUCUUCUCCAGAUGCCAGUUGUCUCUGGACCUGGACUCGUCUCUGCCGUUCAAGAAGAAGAUCGGACUCAAGAAAGCCAUCAUUGACCAUGGAGGAACCGUGUCUUUCAUCGUCACCAAGAAGACUACACAUCUAGUGGUCAACAGUCCAGAAAAGGCCAGAGACUCGUACAAGAGUAGAAUGGCCCAGAAGUGGGGUAUUCCCGUCGUAUCCAUGUCCUUCAUUGACAAGUGUGUGGAGGAAGGGAAGCUACUGGAGAGUGACACUUUGUGGUGGUUGGGAAGACAGCUGCAGAGCAGUUCAGUUCAGGCAAGAUUGUCGGGUCGAUGCAGGACAAGGCUAACUCUGACAAGAAGAGAAGGAGACAAAAAGUCGUCAGUCAAUCUUAACCAGAUCAGGGUGUGGGUGUGGCCUCACGCGGACUCCGGCGCUCCAAGUUUUCCCGAGGACGACUACGAGAUUCCUCGAUUCUCACUCCUCAAAAGGUUUGAUGAGCGAUUGCAACUGACGUCUUUCGCCUGUCUGGAGAUCCACGUGGGAGCCAUCAAGGGGGCGGGGCAAGGGGCGGAGUCAGAGGGUAGUGAGGCCGGAGAGGACCGAGUGUACCGCCUGUUCUCCCACCAAGGAACUCUGGAGAAGAUGGACGGCGGUGGUGGUGGCGGGAAGAAAGAGUGUCGUUACCUCACCUCGGCGUUGGACGUGGAGGCCACUUACAGCCAGCUGUACCAGAGCUUCGUGUCUUCCCCCCACUCCCUCACCCCCUCCCCCCUCACACUCCUCCCACCCUCACUAGGAUCACCACUACUCCAGAAGCACAUGUGUGAGGUUCGGUCAGCCUCGACCCACCUCUCCCUCUCUCCCCAUGUCGCUCGUCUCGUCGACUACAUCUGGUCCGAGGCCGUCGACCAAUUGGAGACUGUCCUGGCCGUCUCCGUGGCAACCGUCACCCAGGAACAGCUGGACAAGGCCGAGGCAGCUCUCCUGUCCAUCAGGAGAGAAUUGGAUGGAGAUAAGUCCAAUCUUGCCAGUCUGUCCGACGAUUUCUACUCUGCUCUACCUCACAAGAGAGGUCAGGGGUCAGGAGGUCGAAGGUCGCGAGGGGUCAUUGACACUAAGAGAGCCGUGGCCCAGAAACAGGAUCUCUGCCAGUUAAUCCGAGACAUGAAGGCGGUGAGCGAGGCAACCAACUGGUCCCAACGGAGCAGCACCGAGGCAAAGUACACUGCCCUCCGGUGUGACCUUCAACCUUUGACCCCAGGGUCGUCCGAGUUCUGCCGCGUCCGAGACCAGAUCCUCAACAGCCAGGACUGCUCCCUCUCCCCCUCCCUCGCCAUUGAGAGGAUCUAUUCGGCCAGAAGACCGGCGGAACAUUCUCAGUUCACUCACUCCCUCGACAACAAGCAACUUCUCUUCCACUCCUCCCCCGUACAGAACUUUGUGGGAAUCCUCUCUCGUGGUCUUCUACUGCCAAAGAUAGUGGUGGAUGAUUUCGGUGGUUGUCGUAGUGAUCCUGGUAUGCUGGGGGCUGGCAUCUACUUCGCUGGCUCUGCAAGGUAAUACGUACGUACGUACAUACAGUUUGGAGCCUUUACAAUAGACAAUAUCUCUAUACCUCUGUUGAAGUGCAGAGGUAGCUCCCGAGAUUUAUUGCUGGGGGGCACA